AUGGUCAAGGGUUCGAAGAAGAAGGAGAGAAAGGCAGAGAAGGAAGGAAUUCCUGCGGGCCAGCCCGUUGAAACAAAAAAGCGCAAACGCGCUAACUCCUCCUCUCCGAAAAAGGGAGCGAAAAAAGCGACGGGGGCUCAUCAGCAGUCCCCGAAGCCCGUAGCGAUUCAAAUGAGGGAAGACAUCGAGAUGUUAGAAGGUGAUGCUUCAAACAUCGAGGUGCAUGCAGAUGCCCGGAGUUCCGCAAAGAACAAAGGGAAGCAAAAGGCGAUGCGUGUUGACGAGGAAGAGGUGGAUAUAGGAAGUGACUUAAGGCUGUCACCGAGUACUAGUCCAGAACCUCCCGAAGGGCAUCGGGAGGAGGAGGAAGAGGUGCCACCAACGGGGGCUUUCAAAGCUUUGACUUUGGAAGAGGAUGAAGAUGUGGAUGAAGGAGAAGCGGUAUGGACUUUGACGGCUGAAACGGCUGUUAAGGGACUACCGUCAGGCUCUAGUGGAUCAUCCCCCGUUGGAAACCUGUUGGAUAACAGCUGGACUAGCUGGGCAGAACUGAAGCAGAUGAACUUGAAUGGACAGCGACCGCCCCCUCCACCCUUCCUCGAUAACAUCCCGGGGGCUCUUAAGCCCUGGUUAAAAAUUGAGGCGAAGAGAGAUGCAUUACUGACUCAGACGAUGGUAAUAGUCGUCAUGAGCGGGAUAUUCAGCCCAUCCAAAGAUCAUUUUAUCGGGAGUGCAGUCUGGAAAGCGACGAACGGGGAAACUCGGGGUCGCCGGUACGACAUUGUCCCCGGUAAGAAAUGGAUAGCUUGGGUACUUGACAACACGGACCAGGCGCAGAAAUGCGUCAGCGAAGUAAUGCUGAUCACUAGCCUCCGCCGCUGCAUGGACGGACUAGUCGCCGCCUUCGAGAAGUACUUGGAAAAGCUUCAGGUCAACUCGCCCAGUGGACCGAAGCCGUCUCCAAUAAAAAUCAUUGAGUUACAGCGUGAAAUGGAUAGCGAUAGAGGAGCAUUGCGCAUCAAGUUCAGAAUGUCGCCCCCGGAUGCCGCUUCCUUCUGGAAGUUGAGCGGGGCUUCAUUCGAACACAACGGAUCCAAUUUUGCCUUAACAGAUGUACACCCCUGUAAUAGUUGUUGGUUGGAGGACCAUGCGAACCCGGACUGUUGGUGGUUUGGAUCGCCCUGUAACGCAGUCAUGUCCUGGCACUUGAUUUUUAACCAUACUGCUCCGAGUAAGGCCAUGGUAUCACGGAUGGAGGAGGAUACGGCCCCAAAGAAGGGGAAGAAGGUUUCUAAGAAGAGGGCUAAGGGCUAG